GGAUUCAGUCAGGCCCAAUUCUACAUAAUCGUAACACGUUGUCCACAUACGCGUAAUACCGGUCAAAUUACAUGAGACCGAACUCGAUAAUAAUAUCUUUAACAAAUAGCAGGAUCUUCAAUUUAAACGUUGCCUUUCUGUACAAUUAUACGUGUUGGAAAAUUAUGAUGGGCUUACUUUCAUUAAAUUUACACCGUAUACGCAUACGACGCGAGUUAAAAGAGGUUACGGCAGAUCUACCUGCUUGGACUGGAUAAACGACACUUGAAUUUCUUCCGUCUUAAUAAAAGAAUGAAGACAAAAUAUAAAAAUAAAUACCUGCGUGCCUCGAGUGAAAUCUAAUGAUAAAUGCGACUAGGAAACAGGAAAGUGAUCACACGACAGGCGUCACUAUCGGCCAUUUCAUUGAGAGAUGACAUACCCGUGUUAGGAGAAAAUGAUUUUAUGUACCUGGUGUAAUUUUAUGAGAAGAAAGUAAAGUGGAAUAUUUCCGUGCGAGUUUAAUAUAGACUGUCAUGUUUGAGGUUAGUUCAUUCAGAAGUGGACGGAACGACACUAGUGAAUUUAAUACGCAGUACCAACUUACAUUUAAUCGAGAAUUUACGUGUGUCGGUUGGCGAAACUGUACUCAGCCGAAAAGAGGCGGAGUACUUCGUGGACCAUCGUACGGUUGUUAAAAUGCAGUUAAAUCCAAGGGACGUCACGAGGUCGGCGGUUUUUAAGGGCCCCAGGACAUUGCCCAUUGGCCAUCAACAGCACAUUAGUUACCGACCGUAAAGCAAAACUAUUUGCGAGCGAUGCAGGUGCAGCUUUUGAUCUCCUUCUGAAGAAACGGGGAAACCUUUUCGACAUCCCUGGAGGAUAACCACAAUGCAGAUCUUGAUAGGCCUAGUAGCCUUGGCCACUGCGGCACGCUGUGUGGAAGUAUCACAGAAGGACUCCACUGGAACUAAGAGCACAUCCCCGGAAAAGGACUCGGAGUCAUCGUCCAGCGACAAGAAGACGGAGAAACGUGGACUGUACAGUAGCUAUGGAGAUGCUGGAGGUUACGGUUCAGGGGGUUAUGGGUCGGAUGGUUACGGAUCAGGAGGUCACGACUUCGGCGGUGGAUCAGACGGUGGUGGAAGUAGCAGCUACGAUCAGCAGGAGCACGUGAAGACUGUAACAGUAGUGAAGAAGGUCCCAGUACCUUACGAGGUCGCGAAGCAUGUACCCUACACCGUAGAGAAACAUGUACCUUAUAAGGUGAAGGUUGGGGUACCGCAACCCUACACAGUUGAAAAACAUGUACCCUAUCCCGUGAAGGUAUACGUGAAAGUACCUGUGCACGUUCCUCAACCUUAUACCGUGGAGAAGAAGGUCCCGUACGAGGUCAAGUUUCCCGUAGAUAAACCGUACGAGGUUAAGGUCUACGUACCUCAACCGUACACAGUGGAGAAACAUAUUCCUGUACCUGUUAAGGUUUCUGUACCUCAACCAUAUACUGUUGAGAAACAUGUACCUUAUCCAGUAAAGGUUAAGGUUCCAGUACCUCAACCUUAUCCCGUGGAGAAACCAGUUCCGUACGAAGUGAAGGUUCAUGUUGAUAAACCAUAUCCAGUACAUGUACCGAAACCAUAUCCCGUAACAGUCCAUAAACCUUAUCCAGUAACCGUUGAAAAACCUGUACCCUAUGAAGUUAAGGUACAUGUUGAUAAACCUUAUCCUGUACAUGUUGAGAAACCGUAUCCUGUUCAUAUUAAGGUUCCCGUUCCUCAACCUUACCACGUGGCUAAACCAGUACCCUAUCCCGUAGAAAAACCGGUUCCUUAUCCCGUCAAGGUCCCGGUUGACAAACCGUACAUCGUUGAGAAGGAAGUACCUUAUCCUGUUGAGAAAGAGGUACCAGUGCCGGUUAAAGUACCUGUUGCUGUUCCAGUACACGUUAAACACGAGGAACACGGUUCGGAUUUUGGAGGCGGUGAUUAUGGUGGCAAUGGUGGUGGUUAUGAAUCCCAGGACGGGAGUUAUUCUGAGGGUGGCUAUGAUUUGUCGUCCUACUCUCAUCACGGUUGAUUCAGUGUAAUAAAUUAUGUAUUGGGUGAUUAGAUAUUUUUUUAGAAAAAUCGUAGAUCUAAGUCGAAGGUUUUAUUGUUGACUAGUUUGUGAAAAUUUCGGAACAUUGAAAAAUUAUAUCCGGCAUAUAUAUAUUCAUAUAUAUUAUGGCAGUUAUCCAAAAUCGCCCCUGAACAGUCUUAUGUUUACUUCCGCUAUAAACAGGUGCUCCAAAGAGACGUGAACCACGAUCUAGCCGUAUUUUAUAAGAUAAUAACUUAACGUCCAUAAAAAGCCUGUUAUAACAGAACUGAAAUUGCAUUAGUCAAAGUACCUGUAUGGAUGGUUUAAUGUUUUUAUGUAUUAAAUAAAUUUUAAUAAAUAUU